CUCGCGCGGACGCCGUGGGCUCCGGAGCUUCUGUCAGGGAAGCUGAGCGUGCGGAGGCAACUGAGGAGGCGGGAAGGCGGCAGUAGUUGAAGGGGCGCUUGCUAAUUUGCAGGGAGGAAGUCCGAGGGAGUGGGGAGCCAUGGUGAUGGCAGCGAAGAAGGGCCCAGGACCCGGUGGUGGGGUCGGCGGGGGAAAGGCGGAGGCGGAGGCGGCUUCGGAGGUGUGGUGUCGCCGGGUGCGGGAGCUGGGCGGCUGCAGCCAGGCCGGGAACCGUCACUGUUUCGAGUGCGCCCAGCGCGGGGUCACCUACGUGGAUAUCACCGUGGGCAGCUUCGUCUGCACCACCUGCUCCGGCCUCUUGAGAGGACUGAACCCCCCUCAUCGAGUCAAGUCCAUCUCCAUGACAACUUUCACCGAGCCUGAAGUAGUAUUCCUGCAAUCCCGUGGGAACGAGGUUUGCAGGAAGAUUUGGCUGGGUCUUUUUGAUGCUCGGACAUCUUUAAUACCAGAUUCCAGGGAUCCUCAGAAAGUGAAGGAGUUUCUCCAGGAAAAAUAUGAGAAGAAGAGAUGGUAUGUCCCUCCAGAUCAAGUCAAGGGGCCCACUUAUACCAAAGGCAGUGCCUCCACCCCUACCCAGGGCUCCAUCCCAGAAGGGAAACCUGUUCGGACACUUCUGGGGGAUCCUGUGCCAUCUCUCUCAGCUGCUGCCUCCACCUCUAGCCAGUCUGUCAGUCAGUCCCAGGCUCGGACAUCCCAGCUCCGGAGUGCUCAGCCACCUCCCCACUCAUCAGUCAAGAAAGCCAGUACUGACCUGCUGGCUGACAUUGGUGGAGACCCCUUUGCUGCUCCCCAGACAGUACCAUCCUUUGCUGCAUUCCCAGCCUUUGGAGGCCAGACACCUUCCCAUGGGGGCUUCGCCAACUUCGAUGCCUUUGGCAGUAGCCCCAGCCCUUCUGCAUUUGGAAGCAUUCCUCUAACCGGCCAAGCCCCAUUCCAGGCCCAGCCAACAGCCACAGCCAGUCGGAUGCUAACUGGAAGUUACAGCUUUGGGAGCAGCCAGGUGACUCCAUUUGGUGCCUCUUCCCUUGUACCUGCCAGUCAGCCCAACAGCCUCACAGAUAUGGGUGGCCUCCUGGGACCUGGAGCAUCAGCUGGAGGUAUCCCUAGCAGCAUCUUUGGGAUGACUGGCCAAGUCCCCACCCUUCAGUCUGCCACAACUGGUGGAGGUAGCAGCACAGGACUUGCCUUUGGAGCCUUCACCAACCCUUUCACAGCACCCACUGCUCACCCUCAGCUGCCUUCCACAAACCCAUUCCAGCCCAAUGGUUUGGCCACAGGACCUGGCUUUGGGAUGAGCAGUGCUGGGCCUGGCUUCCCCCACGCAGUGCCACCCACCGGGGCCUUUUCCAGCACCUUCCCACCACCAGUGUUCUCCCUGCAGACCUCAGUGACCCAGCAGCAGAAUGGCUCUUCCUUCAGUGACUUAGGAUCAGUCAAGCUGGGACAGAGGCCACUGAGCCAGCCAGCGGUCCUGUCCACCAACCCCUUCAUGACUGGAUCCUCAACAAGCCCAUUUGCCUCCAAACCUUCAACCACCAACCCAUUCUUGUAGCACUGUGUUCUGGGGACCUCUUUCCUGCUCUCUGGGGUCCCUCUACUCCUUGGAACUCUGGUGACCACUUGCCUGUGGCAUUUAUGUGAGUCUGAGACCAGAAUGGGCCUUACUUUGCAGGGUAGAGGUCUUGAAGAUGGUGGAGGUGCUACUGCUUUGCCUGGAGCUUACAGAUAAAAAGGGCAGUUUCCUCCUUUCUUCCUUCCAACCCCUGACCCAGGCAGGAGGCCCAGGAGGAGAGAAGGCAGGGCCUGGCCUAGAGGAACAAUGGUGUUUUUUCCUCAAGUUAUUAAUUAUGAUGACAGUAAUCCUCCUCCUCUUCUGCCGUCAGCAUACACAGUGCUCCCUUCAUUCCCAGCCCUCUGGGCAAAGGAAGCUGUGGGCACGGGCUGACCAGCAUUCCCCUGGGGGAACUCUUCCCCAUGCCCAACUUUCCAACACUGUUCUCGUGGGCAGAAGCACAAGGGGCAGAGUAGGGUGAGGGUGGGGAUCAGGUGUGUUGACGUGGGAUAGUAAUCAAGGCAAGAAGGUCCUGGGGGACCAGAGUGCCCCUGGUGCCCUGGCUUGGGCCAGCAUACCCUUUUCUCCACAUUCUUGCAUCCCCAACUCCUUCCCUCAUCCUGGGCACUCAGGAUGACUAGUUUUAUCUACAUACUGGGUUGGCCAAAAAGUCUGUUUAGUUUUUUUCCAUAAAAUAAAAGACACAUGUUUCAUUUUCACCAAUAAUUUUAUUGACUUGGAUAUUUUGGGUAUGUCAGCUAUCUCCCAUGUGAUAUAAUGUUGUUUAUUCUCAAUUAUUCUCAAUUCAUGUCUCGAUUUGAUCGCUGUCAACUUCCACUGGUCUAUCUGACCGUGGAGCAUCGUCCAGCAAGAAAUCUUCAGCACAAAACUUUGCAUGCAAACCGCUUUUGACAUGUUUGAUCAGUCACAGCACCUUCUCCAUAUACUGCACAAAUAUUUUUUUGCAUUCCAGUUGUGUUUUUACCUUCUUGAAAUAAUAAAACAUAGUACACUGAAAAUGUUGCAUAUUUUCUUCCAUCUUCAACAUUAAAAUGGCUACACAAAAAUUUGCCAAUUUUGAUUAGUUUUUCUUUUUUUCUUUAUGCAUCUCUUUUUAAGAACAAAGAUGCUCUUCUUGAUUAGUUUUUUUUUUUUACAGAUUUUUUACAUUUACUUUUUAAGAGUGGGGAAGACAAGAAGAAAGGGAGAGAAACAUUGAUGUGCGAGAGAUACAUGAUCAGUUGCCUCUCACACUCCCCCAACUGGGGACCUGGCCCACAAACCAGGCAUGUGCCCUGACAGGGAAUCAAACCAGUGACCUUUCUUUCACAGGCCGGCGCUCAAUCCACUGAGCCACACUAGCCAGGGCUAAUUAUUUUUUUUAAAUGCACACUGAUAUAACAGCUGCCACAAUGCUAUCUAACAAAAUUGUUUCUGAGUGAAGGUAAAGACAACUAGAGCCAGCUUGUGGGAAAACCGAACGAACUCUUUGGCCAACCCAACACUUAGGCAUGCCCAACUUCUGUCAAGCACUUUAGUUAGUUGUGGUGUCAUGUUUGGAUACCAGUGUUUUAUAUUUAUACAUAGAGAGAAUUUUCUAAUAUAGCCUAUUAUAUAUAUAUACACAUACAGAGAGAAAGAUAUAUAUAUAGAUACACACACACACAUGCAGCCAUUCUCCCUCUCCCAGACAGCUCUUUUCCAUGGGGAAUGGGAUGAAUCCUCAUCUGUGCCUCGACCAACAAAGCCAGAGCUCCAGGGAGUGGCAGGGAGGGCAGGCACAUGUCCUGACCACCCCAGAGCCUGGGCUUUUCGGGAGAGGCUUUGUGCAAUUGGCUAUAUUUUUUCCUUUGAUCCAUGUACCUCCCUGGCCUCCAGAUCUUUGCACGAAAGCUGUUACAGGCAAUGUUGGAAAAGAACUGCAUUUGAAAGAAAAAGAAAA